GGAAUACCGUCUGUGCCUACACGACUACAUUUUAAAGCAGGAGGAAAAUCGGGUCGGGACUUUCUAGCCACGAACCUUGGAUACGGCUACAUGCCUGUGAAAGUUGAAUGUUGUGUAAUGGAUAUUAUUCAAACGCUUUCCCUUGGAGUUAACAUGGGCAAUUACUCUUUUCCACGCUUCAGAGAAAAAGACCCUUUCGUGACAGACUUCUACAAUAGAGCUAACGAAGGGGGAGAGUCUACCUCGACGACCGAAGACGAAGAUGCGGGUAGCAAGAUGUGGCUUCCGACGCCCCCUUUAUCGCCAUCACACGGUAGCGAUUCUCUUCUUCCAGAGAUAGAGAUGAGCGAUUUGGAUCAGCUGCAAGAUGAGCUGGCUCGCAUGUCGAAGCAUCAGGGGGACAUGUACGACGACGCGGUGUCUAAAAGCUUUAGCAAGUUCAGCGCAGACCUUGACCACCAUCACAACGAGCGCAGCGAUGGUUUCCAUCUCCUGGACAAUCUGUUCGACGAUGAGGGAGACGCUCCAUUGCAUAAGAUGCUGAUCGACCCGUCUAUCGACAGGAUGUGGUCUGGCAAUGACCAGGCAAAGAAGCCUAGCAGCUUGUGCCCUAUACUCUCAUCACUGGAUGAUGAGCAGCAGCUGUUUCCAGACUUGCCCUCCAGCUGGGGCUAUCAGCCCACGAGCCUUCUGGGCAACAUGACGCCCUCAGACUCAGAUUCUGAAGAGAUAGAUGUCGUCAGCACAGAAGAAGAAAAGAAGCAGGGCAGUCCUUUUGAUCCAGUUUACGUCAGUAUGCUCGCAAAGGCAAAACGUGAAGCAUCGGUUCGCUGCCAUGCCACAUCGAAAAAGUCCUGGUCAUCUUCAGCCAAGAAAAAUCAUGCACUGACAAGAGUUUUUGAUAUAGCAACUUGUCCACCUUCCAGCUCCCCUACAUUUCAUCAUAACUACAGCUUAUCACCAGACUCUGCAAUACAAGAACCUAAAAAGGCUCGCUUGGUGCCUGGCUCACGUGCUUCUCCUGAGCCCAGCAUGUGGCGUGAUUAUGGAGAAAAGGAUUGUUCUUCCCACAGUGCCUCUGAAGUUUCCACAACUGGAACGUCUCUUCGGAAUUCCAUGUCUCAUCGUUGUGCAAGUUCCAGCAAAAGCACAACUACACAGAAGUCAACAUUACGACAAAAGGGUCGGUCUCAAAAUGACCGUGUGUCAAAACACUCGAGGUUAGUAAGCAGGCGAAGUGCAGCCAGCAAUGACUACAGUGCACUUAAAAAUGAUGGUGAGCGCAGACAGCAACACAAUGUUCUUGAAAGAAACAGGCGGAACUUCAUGAAAUCCCUGUAUGAAGAUCUUCGUGUCCAAGUGCCCAUUCUUUUACACAAAGAGAAAACAUCAAAAGUUGGCAUUCUUGAUGGAAGUAAGACCUUUAUUUUCAGUCUUCAGGAUGAGGAAAGGAAAUUAGAAAUUGAGAAAAACAAGUUAAGAGUACAACAUCAGGCCUUAGAAAGGAGAAUUUUGUACCUAAAAUCCUUGAAAGAAUAGUGUGUAUCAAAAAGUGAAUGCUGUUGUGCCUGCUAAUAACGUGCAAAUUAGGCGUGAGCAAAUUUUUAUUUUGCUGGACAUCCGCUUUUCGCUUUCUUCCUUCAAAGGGAGAUACCUCAUUGUGUAAGGCAUUCUGUGCACAGUAGACAUAUACAAAAAAUUGUGUGUGGAAUGAUUAACACUGGAUUUCAUUGUGUUGAGACCAAAGAAAUAGUUUAAAUUCUUGGAGAAGAGGUCCUUACUUUACGGGUCAACAGUUGUGUUCUAUUGCUUUGCUGUUCAGAUUGAAAGGCCAGCACAUAUCUGCUCUUAUAUUUGGUUUGCAUUUGAUUUAUCAUACUGCUAAUCACUGCUACUUCUAUACUGCUGUAUUCUUUAUCACAAUGUUUUUGGAAAAUACUGUUUGCUUUCUUUAAUGAAAUUGAAGUGCAUUUAUUUUUCAUGAGUAUUUCUUGUGCUUAAAAAUGUACACAGAUUGGCAAGAUUUGACAGGAAACCAUGUUCUUGCUCUAUCAUACUACCUGCCAUACUUCAGUUUUUUUCGGAUGAAACAAACAAGCUCACUACAAGUUUUGCAUUUCAUGUACAGUUGAGUUAAACUAUUGUUUGAAAAAUUUAAUACACCAGAGUAGGUUUUUCCUGCUGUUUAAUGUUACUGGCUUAAAGGAGUGGUUAUGGGCAUUUGUUCAUUCAGCGUAACCAUCAUGAACAAAAAAGCAUCUGUGUUCAUAAAGGCUUUUUUUUUUGUUGUUAUGAUGCCUUCAUGGUUUGCCUUAUUAGAUGAAAUAGUGUGACUAACAAGUUACUGCUCCUAUCAGUUUCAAAACUUAUGCACAAGAGGUGGUUAUGGAAUUUUCAUUAUUCACAUUAUUGGUUAUAAAACACGUGUGUAUUAAAACCAGCAGCUGUUUUGAUUAGUUAAAGAAAACAAUCUGCUUGGUAACAGGCAUAAAGUUUGCCUGUACACUUUUUAUUUCAUGUGAUUUUUAUUCUGCCGUGUUCAUUGUUCAAUUUUGCAUGUAAAUAUAUGAGUGAGUGUGAAUUCAUGCCUGUGUACAAGUUGAGAAAUGUCACCAUUGUGCGAUCUAAGCCGUGAAUGUUUCACUUUCAUUUAGUAGACUCUACAAGAAUGUUACCAGAUUGAUGCAUGUUUGACCUGUAGUCUGGUGGGAUUUUUGUUUUUUUGUUGGUAUUUUUAAGUUUUAUUUAGUGGAAGAAAUUGUAUAUGAAAUGGUGUUCUGCAAGGCAGCUAGCUAAAAUUUUUCUCUAGCAGCAACUUUAAUUCUGGAAAUAAGCUGAUGAAUUUUUUUACCCAACAUGCAAAUGAAUCAGUGUCUCUUUGUCUUAACACUAACCCGAUGAUUUACAGCAGGAUUUAAAAGUCCAGUCUGUCUGGUGGGUCAUGCAACACCACCUCAGUUUCGGUCUUGAACAAUUUUUUUUUAAGUGUCAAAGCUGUCAGAAUCAAUUACCAUAUUCUCUACCAUCAUCAAACUUAAUUUAAAUUUUAUAUUCAUUAAUUAAAUAAUUAAUAUAGAAUAAACACCACUCUACCUGUUCACUCACUAGUUAUUCUUUACUCUACAAACUACCUAGUUUAACUGUAAUUGUUUUUGUUCAAGAGGUUUUAAGCAACUUUUUCUGAUAAACAAAUGCCUAAGUUUUUUGCAUUGUUUGAUACCUUGACAUUUUUUUUAAGUUUUUAAACAAGGCCACUUGUAAAAAUAACAUUUUCUUUGGCUUCCUGGUUUUUGGCUUUCAAUUUUCGUUUGAAUCCUGUCUUUACUUAUGAUUGCAUUCAAUGAAUUUUGUUUACCCUACCUUAACCAUGAAAUAAAGCUUGAGGUCUGCA